AAAAAACUCGCUAGAAAAAAAUGGUAGUCCAUAAAAAUUUUCCCAACCGGCCGUAAAAAAUAUAUAAUAAAAUUUCUUUUCAAAUUCAAAUUAAAACAUUUUUUAAUCGGUCAUCUUGUAUACACCAAUUAAAUACAAAAAAUCGUAUCUAUCAAAUCCAAUACAAAAAUGUGUGUUGUGUAAAAUUCGUGUGUCCAAAAAAAAAACCUAGCAAGCAAUCAAUCGGACGGAAAAAAAAGCGAAGAAAAAAAAAAGUGAAAAAAAUUCUUCAUUUUGAUUUUUUUUCCUUACUUCUUUCCAACAUUCAAUUUGUAUGACCAAUUCAGGAAUUAAUAAUGAAUUUGGAACAGAUAAUGUUCCCAAAAAAUGUCAAUAAUUGUAACAAAACCAAAGGAUGAGGAGGAACACCUUCCCACAGAACAACUCAUCACAAGUUCUUUAAAUUCAAUAAAGACUCAGCAAACAGAGCCAAAACGUACCAGCAGUCAAUUGAUCUCUAGCGACUUUAAACAAAAGAAAGCUCUGCUUUCUCUUAAACAUACAGCGCAAGCAGCUAAAACAUUUAAAUGUAAAAACAUUCUAACUCUAAGUAAUUCAAAUCAAAAGAAUAACUUUAUCCCAGAAAACACUGAAGACAAUGCGCAGUCUUCAUUUGUUGAUGAAAUAAGUAUUGUCACCGAAGCUGAAUCAUCAUUAUCCUCGUCUUCGAAACAAAACGGAGAACGACAUGCUUUACGGUCAUUAAAUAAAAUUCCAUCGUUUUUCAGACGUAGAAAGACCUAUGGUGUCAGUGAUACCAUCAAAGAGAAUUGUCUUGUGCCAGGUGCAUACACAAAUGACCAUUCUGAAGAAGGAUCAUCCUCAGUAAUAAAAAAAACGGUUGAAUUGAAAAUUCCAAGGACAACAUCAAAGCUUUCACUUUCAUUUAAUCCUCUAGCCGAGAGUCACAGUAACGGCGGCGGUGGUGGCAUAAAGAGACAAGCAGAUACGACACUUUCUUCGACAAGCGAAGCAGUUAAACCUAAGAAACUUCGCAUCAUGUCGAUGUAUGACAGACAAUAUCCACAAUCGGACGAUAGACCCAUCAGCAAUGGCUAUCAAUCGAGGACACAAUCCUCGGCUGGACACAAUGACGACAAUAAUGUCCUGACUAAUGCAAACAAUUAUUAUUCGUCUUCCGCUACACUAACCUCGGGUGCGAAUGGCGGCAGCAAUGCAAUUCUUCAUGCCCCAUCCAUGGCUUCGUUAUGCAAUAUUGGAAAUACGUGCUAUUUGAAUUCGGUGGUGUAUACGUUACGAUUUGCUCCUCUCUUCUUGCAUAAUCUCCAUCAUUUGGUGGUCGAUUUGGCUAAUAUACAACAGAAUAUUGGCAAACAUCGGGGCAAGAGUUCUUCGUUGGGUAGAAAUGUAAGUGGAAUGCAUAUGGAGAAUGCUCGAAGUUGGAGUAGCAAGGACUUGGCUUCACUAGAAAACUAUGGUGGACAAUGUGAAACGCAAAAAUCUAGCCAACAAGUGGCCACUGAGAAACUACACGAGCUGUACAAGAGUCUGCAUCAUAAUGAGAUCUCUGAAACGACUGAACCAUUCCAUGCUGAUACAUUUCUGCACGCAAUCCAAGAAGUUAGUGCAAUAUUUGAAGGCAACCAGCAGCAGGAUGCCCAUGAAUUUUUAAUGUGCAUUUUAGACAGUAUACGAGAGACGUGCCAGUCGUUGAUAAAAGCAAUUUCUGAUUGCCCAGAUGUGAUAGUUAAUGGUUGCGUUAGUCUUCCAGAACAUGUAUCAGACUCUUCUCCAGAACAAAACCACAUUAACCAUAACAGCAGUGUCAACAAUAACAACAAUAGCAACAGCAAUAAUACAUCAUCUUCAAGUAAAAAUACAACAAACAUCAUUAAAACAUCAUUUUUCACACGUAAACCCAAACGAAAAGAUGAAGUUAAAAAUUUUAAAAACCAACGACUACAGUCGCCACUCAAAGAUAAUGUGCAACAACAACAAUUACAGCAACAACAACAUUCCCAACAACAACCAAAUGCAGUUACAACUAACAACACUGGUGUAUUUGCAAAUUCUGGAAGUGAAAAAAAUGAUUUGAAAAAUUCAUCACCAUCUGGAGAUGAUGAACUGAUGCCAAUUAAGGAUAAAGAGCGACUAGCCGAAAAGAUAAAAAAAUUAGGUUUGGAUUUUUUUACAGAAGACUUUGAAGGCAUGACAGUGUCGACAACGAAGUGCUUAAGCUGUGAAACAGUAACUGAGCAGAAAGAGACUAUGAUCGACAUUGCUGUACCUGUUCCCAUAUCGGGUUACACUGAAACUUCCAAUUCAUUUAUUCAGAAUGCUUGCAUUACCCGCGAGUAUUUCCGUGACAAGAACAAAUACCGCUGUGAACAAUGCACUGGCUACACGGAGGCUAUCCGUUCAAUAUCGUACGAGGUCCUGCCCCGAUUACUGGUCAUUCAACUAAGUCGAUUCUCCGGUGGCAUGGAGAAGAUCAAUAGCUAUAUACCAACACCGUUCACCAUGCAGUGCUUUUGUGCUAAAUGUGAGCAAAAGGACUCGAAUAAUAAACUCCACGCCUAUCGGCUGUACAGUGUGAUUACGCAUGUUGGGGCUACAAUGUCCGUUGGACAUUACAUAGCCUACACAUGCUCGCUCGACUGGGCAAGUGACUAUAUUAAUUGUCCCAAGGACAAACGUCGUCAUCAGACUUGCAAUGGUUCCCCAAAUAGUUCGAGUGCGGCUGCUGCCCCAGCACGGCCACCACCUUCCUCAUCGUCUUCCCUAUCGACGAGCACCGGACUAAUUAAGAAAAUCAAGUUCGGACGGAACAAGGCGUCAAGCAGUGGCGACAUGUCAAAGAGCAAUAUGAAAAAUCUCAAUGGCCAACCGAAUAAGUCCAUCACAAAUGGCAUAGAGAAGCUAAGCGUGAACACCACAUGUCACAGUGUCGACUGCUGUGCAUCACGAUUGCGAACCAAUAGCAGCCGCAGUUCAAGCUACUCCUCCUCCUCGAAUAGCUACAGUAAUGGGCCGACUACAAAUGGUGGCUGGUCUGAUCUAGUCGAUGAAAGCAGUCAAUGUCAGUCAAUGAAUGGAUCCCACAACAACAGUAGCUACAGCUAUAUGUUAGGCUAUGGAAGCACUGGACGAUCCAAGUCAACUUCCUCCAGCAAUGCCGAACCGAUUUGGUAUAUGUGCGAUGAUGAUAAGAUCAAGGCUAUGACGCAGCGUGAGUUUGAGGAACUGCUCUCUCCAACUCGAAAGAUCACCAUUACCCCCUAUUUGCUCUUUUAUGCACGAUUCGAUCUGCAGAAACAGUCAGCUGCGAGCGAUUGUGGUAUGUGAGUGCGAAGGAGUCGAGAGUUCACUGGAACGAUAUAAUAAUAAUCAUCAUUGUUGACCAGUUUUUAAUUAUAUUUAAAUAAUUAUUAUUAUUAUUACUCACAAGCUUUACCACAUUAUUCGAUGCAUAUAUUCAUUGAGAUUAUCUUAUUGUAUUAUUAUUUUUUUUUUGUUUUUUAAUUUUUUUGUCUUAGACAGAAGAUUAAUUUCCAUGAGUGAGCCUCUGUUUUUUUUUUGUCCACAGAACUAUAAAUUAUAAUUCUGUGUGUGAUUUGUUAUUUUAAAAAUUGAAUUUGACUCUUAUUUUUCCUUAUUUUUUUUUUUGUUUCCUCUAUGUAAAUUGUUGAUAAAAUCAUUAGAAGACUUUUUUGUGUAACAUAUCAUUUCGAUUAUAAGUUUUUCUUUAAGAAUUGUUUAAGUAUAUAUUAUUAAUAAUUAUUAAAAAAAAAAAACAUCAAACAAAACGAAACAAAAUAUAAAUUAUCUCUCCUUUCUAUUUUAUAAUCUCUAACCAUUUGCAAAAAAAAAAAAUCAUUAAAUCAUCAUAACAAUCUGUUUAAUUUGUAAGGUUUAUGUUUACAUUAUUAUUUUUUUGCUUAAAUAUAUAUAUGAUAUUUUAACGUCGUUUACAUUAUAUAAAUGUA